AUGUGCUACGCAGUGGUGCCUUGGACCGAACUCUUGGGGUCCGUGGCACCGGUCACCGCGGAGAUCCGGUCAGGUCAGUGUGACCUCGGUGGACGCGAAGCGAAGGUGGCUUCCAGGUUCGCAUGGUUUGCCGAUGGGCCUUCAGUCCUUCGGGUCUACGAAGGCCUACCACCAUCAUCGCGGUGCUACACCGGCACAGUGAUCGCUACACGUGGCAGUGCCAGCGCUGGCACUGGUUUCUUCCACUCAGGCACUGCCUGGCGGCGUCUCGUCCACUCGUCCAUCGUUAUUUGGUGGUUCUUCUCGCCCAUGCUUCGUCGCAAUCGACGCGUCGAGACCGUGACGACCGCCUUCCUUUUGCGGCAUUGGGGCGGAGCGGUGCAAAGCCGCCAGUCGCAGCGUUGGACGAGUCGGAGAGUGCUUUUGGGUGCAAAGCAACUGCGUCCUGCUUGGUAUGGCGCGCUUGGCUGUCCUUGGAUGGCUCAGGGCAGCCAAUUCGGGAUGGAAGUUUGCACCGGACUGGCCGAAGGCGGAUCUGGGCCAUCUGCACGCUUCACACGGCUUCCUUCGUUUGGACGCGACCAGCCGGAGGGUCGUGACCCUCACCUCGACCGGUCUGGGCGGUCAUCGCCCGAGCGGAGCCCGACCUGCGGAGGGGCCACAGCGUGA